AUGGCCAAUCUGGCUUAUACGCUGAAAGAUCAAAGGAAGGACGACAAAGCUGUGGAGUUGAUGACUUCCUCACUGAAAUUGAAUAUACAGGUGCUCGGUCCUUCACAUUACCGUAUCCAAAGUGUUCACGAGACUCUGAUGGCAUGCCUAAGUGUCGGUGCUACGGAAGACCAAGUAGGACAAGAUUCCAAUCAUAUACCUGAGGCGUGGGUUGAUUAA